AUGGCAGCGGUAGAGCUUCCCGUGAAGUCGCUUGAUGAAUACAAACGGCUGGCGCACAUCGGUCGCGGCACUUACGGAGAUGUGUUCCUGUGCGAACACGUUCAAACCGGGGAGCGUUGUUUGUUUCUCGGUAGAACACGAUGUCUGAACGAAGUGGCUCUGCUCCAGCAAUUACCAGCACACCCGAACAUUGUAAAACUCUACGAAGCCUUUUGGGCUCAGCCUACUGAAGGAGGCGAGCAAGCUCUUGUCCUGAUCCUUGAGCAUGCGGAUGGAGGAGAUCUUGAGCAAGUUCUCAGCGCGUCCAUAGUAGAAAAUGAAGCCCGUCGAAUCUUUUCUCAGCUCGCUCAAGGAGUUCACCACCUGCACACGCAUCGUGUCGUUCAUCGCGAUCUAAAGUGCGCAAAUGUUUUUCUCUUCCAGUCCGGGCGCGUUGUGCUGGGAGAUUUCGGCACUUCCAAGCGGCUAACACCGAUUAGUAGGCAAGAACAAGAGAUUGAAGCGCAAGAUUUGAGUUCGACGGUAGUUGGGUCCCUGCUGUACAUGAGCCCCGAGCUCCUGGAAGGCGAGCCUCACGGUUUUGCCACUGACAUUUGGUCGCUUGGCUGCGUGUUGUAUGAGCUGCUCUCGGGAGGGAAGGCAGCUUUCGCAUCGCCGUCGUAUCCUGCCGUCGUUUUCCGAAUCACUCAGGACGAAUACGAUCCAUUGGAUACGGACGUGGUUUCUCCUCAAGCACGCGAUCUGGUGAGCAGGAUGCUACGAAAGAUGCCUCAAGAGCGGCCGACCAUCGCAGAAGUGCUUCAGUCGUCCUGGCUCAAGGUAUGUGGCACCAUAAAAUAUAAAACUGUGGAGUCUGUAAAGCAUGCGGUGAAGAAGGGAGUAGGAGCAUCGGAGGAGAUCCCGACAGCAACAAGCCACCAUACAACAGAUCAUCUUCUGCCUCCAGCCCCCGUUGAUAACACUUCUCGAGACAUGAUCAUGGAGGCCAAGGAAAUAUUUAUCUCGCCACCUCCUGCCCCUCACAUUCGACCUCGCUCUCAUCAAGCAAAUUCUCUUCAUCGCCAUAAAGAGAUCCGCUUUCGUGUGCAAGAUCAAGCUGCCUCGCCCCUGAUACGGUUUGAUGAGCAGCCCCCACCACCGCCAAUGCUUCCGUCGAGCAUGAGCUCCAUGAUCCCUUUCAAGCAUAAUUACCAGCGGCAGCAUCACAACUCGAUACAAACCGAAUCACUGGCGCUGGAAGUGCGAGGCGUCCAAAUGGUAAAAAACACUCGAAGCCAGCGACCAGCACCGAAAUCAACCCCCAAGCAUCGACCGUAA